UGUGAUGCGGGGUAGCCGCGUUGCGUUUUUCGCUCCGAAAACUUUGUCAUUAUCGAAUAUUUGGGAGUGCGUCUCCAUAAUCGAUUCAAAAUAUGCCGAGUCGUAAUCGUGGUGCUACUGGUUAUGUUCUGUGUUACUUUGUGAAAGUUUUCUGAAGUUUCCUUUAGUGCAUUCUUGGUGAUUCAUCUGUGGCGAACGAGAAGUUCUGUUAGUGUAGAAUACACAUAAUAUACGUGUUCUCAAGUUGUACCUAAAGGAUAUGGUCGGACUUCGGCCGUAGUCGGAGGAAAGUUGGAAUCUCGUCGAAAUAAGAUGAAACCAGGUCACCCGCGACACGAUAUUUCGGCGUGAUACAAAGAUUGCUGCUCACGAUGGCGCUGAAACUCCAGUGUUUUGCACUUCUGAGCCUGGUGCUCGCAGUCGUCACAGAAGAUUUCACGGCAAACUGCCCCGAGGAAUGCAAAUGUGUAUGGGCCAGCGGCAACAAGCAGGCGAACUGCUCGAAAGCGCGCUUGCACGAGAUACCGAAAACCCUCAGCCCCGACAUACAGAACCUGGAUCUGACCGGCAACGAACUCUACGAAAUAACGAGACACGCCUUCGAGGAUGUGCAGCUAAUAAAUCUUAAGAAGCUCGUCCUAAAAGAGUGCAAACUUCUAACGAUACAGAAGAACGGCCUGAGCGGUCUCGCUAUUAUGAUCGAACUCGACCUAUCGAAGAACGACCUAAAAUCGCUUCACGCGGAUACCUUCAAGGAGACUGUGAAAAUAAGAUGGGUCCUCCUGAACGAUAAUCAAAUAGAGAAAUUAGAGGACGGACUAUUUAAUAAUCUACCGUUCCUCCAAAAAGUCGACCUGAGCAAUAAUAGGAUACUUCAAAUUGGCGGAAAGACGUUCAUGAAUUUACCCAAAUUCAACAACCUGAAGCUUAACGAUAAUAAAUUGGAGUACCUCAAGACGGAUACGCUCAGUUCGCUGGCCUCAUUGUCUAAUUUAGAAGUACACAAUAAUCCUUGGCGAUGUGACUGCUACUUGCAGUCUUUUAGAAACUGGGUCAUCAGUAAAAAUCUCUACACGUCGCCAAUUUCUUGCAGCGAACCGCCGAAAGUACACGGAAAAUUGUGGAAGGAACUGGAUUCUAGUGAUUUUGCUUGCCGGCCGAGCAUUAUUUACCCCUCCACAAAAACUACCCUGAGAUCGUCGGACACGAACGUGACCCUUUCGUGCCAAGUGAACGGCAAUCCCUCGCCUGAAGUUAAUUGGGUAUUAAACGCGCAAAUAAUUGAUGGGUCGUAUAGAUACCAGGGUGAACAGAAAUAUUAUGUGACCCAAAGUAAUUCUGAUAAUAGCAAAUGGUUUAAUUUAACGAUCGUCGACGCCGGCAGCUCGGAUAAUGGAGAGUACUUGUGUGUAGCUAAAAACGCAGGUGGAGUGGAGGAGAGGAGCUUGACGCUGGCUAUCACUCACGUCACACCGGGAGUGGUCGUGCCGCAAGGGAUGGAUAACAGUAUGCUUUCUAUGUUGAUCGGCGUUUCCUGCGCCGCAGCGAUUCUUCUCAUAAUCCUUAUCAUCAUCUGUUACUUCUGCUGCAGAAGACGUAGCUUAGAAAAGAAGAAGGCCAAUAAUUCUAACGGCGAAGCAUUGAUAGAAGGAUCCGUAAUACCAGAAAUGGAGAAGAGCCUCAUCACUGCUGUUAACCCUGUGACAAAACCACCGAGGAGAUACGAGGUCCCGCCCUCCAUCACGAGCGGUGGUACGGAAAUGUCCGAACUUAACAAGAACCUCCUUGAUAAUGACUCUGUUUUUGCUCACAAUGAAGAUGAAAAGAGGUCGCUUGAUUAUGAACAACUUUCCAAGCGAUCACAAGACGCACUGAACGUUGAAUAUGGCCGCACAGAUGGACGCGCCUAUCCUCCUGACCUACUGUCGUUCCCCGCAAGGGCGGCUCAGAUAUCACCCGCAGCGAGCAACGCGUCCACAGUGCCUGAUACGAGCCGGCUAGCCAUCAACCCGGUUAGCCCCAUUCAUUCGCCAAUUUACGGCAUGACUGCCAAUCAAAAUCUAUUCCGAACACUGCCAUAUUCGCGAUCUCAAUCGCCGUUCACUGCCCCCAUGACACCGACGGUUGUGACUCCUAGACAAGGCUAUGUAACCAUUCCGAGAAGACCUAGGGUGCCCUCGUGGUCGAGCACAGCGAGUACACAGAUACUUCCGAGCACCGAAGCGCAGGAACCCUUAUACGACAACCUAGGUUUAAGAACCACCGCCGAUGGAAGCUCGGUUUUAUCACUAAAUAAAGCGGGUGUGGAACAACAAUUUUCUCCAAUGAGAAACAGGCCGCUUCCGGCUACUCCUACCGUUUAUCCGAAUCCACAUCAGCUCUAUUAUGCUCCUAUCGAGGAGCAGGAGCCCGCCCCGUCUCCUGUACCACCUCCCUUCACGCCGACUAGGAAUAGUAUCAGCUCGCAAAUAUCAAAUCAAAUGUCCACACCUGGCCCUCAAGAACCGGUCAAUCCUAGAAUGAGCUGGACGGCUAAAAAUACAUCAACGCCCCAACCUGAACCUAGAAAGCAACUUAUGAUGGACAAAAACGCUAUGCCCCAAAUCACCGAUAGCCCAUCGAGUCGAAAGGGAAAACCGGAGACUGGAUCUUUAAGGAGAAACCUCGCCAGCGAGACAAAGGACGAGCACAGCUCUCCAGCGAAAGAGGAUCCACACAAAAAUGAAACUAAUCAGUCGCUGAACCAAUCCGGCACUAUGGGAAGAAGCGGGAAAAUACCACCGAGACCUCCACCGAAACCCAAGAAAAAGCCUAGUACAGAAUUAAGUCCAAACGAACCGCUCUUCGAAGACGAGGGAGAAGACGGUACGGAAGUGUAGCCAACACUUGGCGAGUAGACGAACUGUGUGCCAACGAGCUUGUAGUGAUAACAGUGGAAUAUCAGUGAAUAAGUGCAAUCGUAUAUAUCAUCAUUUCCCGGUGCUCGUGUAAAUACCUUGUGCUAGAUUUUUUACUAUUGCGUGUAUGGUGGAAGUACACUAUGGACCAUUUUGCAAAUUUUACUAUUGUAAGUGUGUAGUUAGUUCGUGCUAUGAAAAUUGAGGAGCAUACGCAGAGUGCAUGAUAAAAUGAGCGUUUUAAGUAUUUAUUUUAGUGCUAUUCUUAUGACAAUCAUGAUUUGUGAGUGUUGCCAGUUUGGGCGUAUUUAAUCGAUUGCCAAGACUGAUAUUUCUAAAUUUCUCGUUUACAUUCCCUCUAUGGAUUCCAGUUGUAUUGCUGCAGCUUUAUUUUGUUAUGGUUUACGAAAGACAUUGCGAGCUUUCAAGUUAUUGAUUUGGUCAAUAAUUUGUUUAAAGUGCGAUAGGAUCUUUUGUUUGCCAAUCUAUGAACUUCCGUUGCCCAGUAACUGCGUUUUUAGAUCGGAGAUUAUGUUUUAAAGAAACUCAGCUAAUUUAUUUAUCGUAAUAAAUUAUCUCAUGUAAAAUAGCUUGUAGAUAUUUAAGACUGUUUUAAGAAAUGACAAAAGUGUUUCAUCUUAUUCCAUGGUCUUACAUUUGCUUUUUACACUCGAGCUAUAUUUUUCUUUGAAUGUAUAUUAAUUAUCAAAAAUAUAGUUCCUAAAAUAUUCCAAUAAGAUCAAAGGCCCACCUUUAAUUUCAAUAUUAAGUCUAAAGUUAGAUGAUACAUAAUGUGACUCCUAGUUUCAUCCCAUUUAAAUAUUGUCUUGAAUGCCCUCGCUUUACAACGUGUAAGCAAUGGGAUGACGCUAGGAUAUUUAUUGUUACCAACGUGUAUAUUUGGAAUACAGUAUUUGGCCUAAUUUGCGUGUAAUUUUGUAAAAGAACGUGCGAUUUUUUUACUUGCCAAAUGUUACUAGGUGCUUUUGUAAUAUGACCACUUUUACUAUUGCGUCGCAGCUAAUCGCUUGCAAUUUGAUGGUGGUCAUAUUAUAAUAACGAUUGAGUUAAAAUAAAAACUGUAAGUCAACCGUUUUCAUUAUUUUGUACUCGAUAGUUUUAUAUGUUAAAGUACAAUUACUUGGUUUUUAUAUGUUCAAGUUAGGACAUGAAUUGAUGUAGUACACGAUGUAUUCGACUUUAAUUUCUGUGAACGAGAACCGGGUAGCCAUUGAGACCGUAUAUUUUAGUUCGUAUGGUGCGUUUUAUGUCCAUUUAUCGUAUUGUAUUUUUAACGUAGCCAUUGGUGCUUACUUGUAUGAAGUUUUAAUGUUAUUUAUUUUUUGUACUCAACACUACCCGAGUGCGCGAAACGUGUAUCAUCGGUUCGCGUAGGGGACUGAUAGGGUGUUCGUACGAUGAGGGAAUCGAGGAGUUGUCAAUUUUAACCCAAAACAUGUCGGGGGAUCGGAUCAUGUGUAUCAUUCAUUCAUUAUAUCGACUAGCGUAAAUUUUAUGUCACUUCGCAUCGACUGGACUUUCAUAAACACAACCGAACCAGACAUUUAGUUUCUUCAGAAAUUUAUCAUGCGCAUAAAUCGCGAAAUAUAAGUUAUGUAUGCAUUCGCUACACGGGAAUAUUUUACGGCGCUCGAGGAGGAAUUUAUUGGAAAGUUACCAAAGCGCGAGCUCGAGGUGUAUGAAUUUUCGGUCGGUGCGAAAUGUGUUGCAUUGUACAUAAUGAUUUUAUCGGACGUUUUAACUGGCGUAGUUGGGACGGCACUCGCGGCGCUGUUUACGACGGGCACGAGUCCUGACGUAGCCCCAACAUCACGUCCUACGUCGGCACGCUCGGCCAGUGUCGUCCGCGUGCUCGAAGGUUAUAUAGUACUACUGUACCAUUUUUACAAUGUUUACUUUAGUUUUAAGCGCCACAUGUAAAUAUGAACAUUAUUAUUAAAGUGAUUAAAGCUAUAUUUCAGUAAA